GCUACACAAGUCUCUGCUUAAGGAUCCACACUGUUCUAGUUGAGCUUAAGAUGUAAGGAGGGAAUAUAUUUGAACUGAUAUUCUAUGAAAACAGUUUCUAUCAGAGCUCUAUAAACUAUCUGCAGAGAAAUGUCUGAGUCUGCAGCGAGUCAGUAUGAGGAUCAGUUCAUCUGUUCAGUCUGUUUGGAUCGCCUGAAGGAGCCGGUGAUGAUUCCCUGUGGACACAGUUACUGUAUGAGCUGCAUUACUGACUGCUGGGGCCAGAAGGAGCAGGAGCCGCCGUACUGCUGUCCCCAAUGCAGAGAGAGCUUCAGUCAGAGACCUCUACUGAAGAAGAACACUCUGAUAGCGGAGAUGAUGGAGACGCUGCAGAAGACGUCUCUACAAACAACUGCUGUGGAGUGUGAUGUUUGCACUACAGAGAAGAGCAGAGCUGUAAAGACCUGUCUGCAGUGCUUGGCCUCCUUCUGUCAAACUCACCUGCAGCCUCACUAUCAAUCUCCUGCGUUUAUGAAGCACAAACUAGUCCCAGCCUCCAGAAACAUUCAGGAGAACAUCUGCCUCAGUCAUGGGAAACCUCUUGAGAUUUACUGUCAGGAUGACCAUCAGUGCAUUUGUUGCAUGUGUACUGAUAAUCAUAAAGGACACAGUGUUGUGUAUGUGGAUUCAGAAUGGACUAUUAAAAAGAAAGAAUUAGAGGAGAUGAAGGAGGCGCAUCAGAAGCUGAUCCAGGAACGAGAGAGAGGUCAGCAGGAACUCAGUGAAGCUGUUAAACAUCUUAAAAGUUCAGCACAAGAGGCCGUGGAGGACAUUGAGAAGGUAUUCACUGAGCUCAUCUGCUCUCUGGAGAAGAAACGCUCUGAGAUUAAAGAUCAGAUCAGAGAUCAGGAGAAGACUGAGAUAGAUCGAGCAGAGAAACUCCACAAACACCUGGAUCAAGAGCUGACAGAACUCAGAAAAACACAAGCAGAGAUUGAGAAACUUCUGAUUACUGACGAUCAGAUCCACUGUCUGAAGAGCUGUCAGUCUGUGUGUGUUUUACCCUCAUAUAAAGACGUUCCCAGCUUCACUCAACACACUCAUCUGUCUUUUAAAGACAUUUCAAUCUCAGCAUUCAGAGAGGUUUUGGAGGACGUCUGUCAACAGCAAACAGCCAGAAUAUCUCGAGACGUGUCAAACGUCCAUGUUGCAGAGUCUCCAGAACCUAAAACUCCAGAUGAAUUUUUGCAGUAUUUCCGUCAACUGAAACUGGAUCCAAACACUGCACACAAAAAUAUCAUCUUGUCAGAAAAAAACAAAAAAGCAUCAUAUUCAGAUGAAGUCCAGCAAUAUCCUGAUCACCCAGAGCGAUUUGAUGAAUAUUGUAAUGUCCUCUGUAGUGAGGGUUUGUGCGGUCGCUGUUACUGGGAGGUUGAGUGCAGUGGGGAUAUUUGGGGUGUAGCAGUUUGUUACAAAGGAAUUGGACGUAAAGGAAACAAUGAUGACUGCAGACUUGGCUUCAACAAAACAUCAUGGAGAUUGUCCCGCUAUCAACAGAAUAUCUGUUUCAUACAUGAUAACAAGCAAGUCUCAAUCCCUGUUGUCCCUUCCUCUAGAAUAGGAGUGUAUCUGGAUCAGAGAGCAGGAACUCUGUGCUUCUACAGCGUCUCUGAAACAAUGACUCUCCUACACAGAGUCCAGACCACAUUCACUGAACCCCUCUACCCUGCAUGUGGGGUUUUACAUGGUUCAUAUGUCAGGAUUAUUAAAAAGAGAAGGGUUCAGACAGUCCAGAAAUAAAUAUACAGUUAAGUCCAAAAUUAUUCCUACCCAGGCCAAAUAUUUAAUUAUGGUGAAUUUUUCUUUGACACAUAGGGAUCUUCUGGCUGGAACUGACACAAAUCUUCUAUCUUCUUCAAGCCAACCUCAACGUUUUGUUCACAAACUUUACUCAUCUAGUUAUUAAUGUAAUCAUAAACAAAUAAAACAAAUAUUACAUUUGUGUUUAAAAGCAUAGGGUUAUAAUGAUCAUCAGAUAUCUAAGUGAAAAUGUGGCUGUUUUAUGAAAUAUUUUGUCUCAAGAAACUGAUAUAUGUGAGAUAGUCUGUGAUUAUUGUUUUUCUCCACAGUAGCUGAAUGAAUAUCUGUUCUUCUUGUGAUCAAGAGCAUCACUUUUCAAACUUUACAAGUUUGAUGCCAGUGGUGGUGUUUAUCCAACACGAAAUCAUGAAUAAUUGAAUCAUUGUAAACACAGAUGGCUUGAAAUGUGUUUGUAGCAGUUAAUGCAAAUAAAAAAUAAAGAAAUACGUUUUAUGUUAUGAUUCUGAGCAAAAUACAGGAAAGAGCAACAGAACUGCAAAAUCAUGGCCUCACAUUAAUAAUAGAUUUAUAAUAUGCUCUUGGUCUUUUCUUUCAUUUGUGGAUUCAUUAGAAACGAAACCUAUUUCCCUGCGACAUGAGCCUUUCCUUAAGGAUUCACACUGUUUUAGUCAAGCUAAAGCUGUAAAGGAGUGAAUAUUUGACUUACAUUUCUGUCUAAAAAGGAAAAAACUUCAUAUACACUUAAAUAAUAAUUUUAACUAUGAUUUUUUUUCUUGCAUAGAAAAAAAGAAUGUACAGUUAUUACUGUAUGCAUUUAAUAAUUCUAUGCUAACUUGAUGUCAUAUGUUUAUUAUUUUGGAGCUGGUGACGAUUCCCUGUGGACACAGUUACUGUAUGAGCUGCAUUACUGACUGCUGGGGCCAGAAGGAGCAGGAGCCGCCGUACUGCUGUCCCCAAUGAAAAGUGACAUAAAAAGUGACUUACAAUUCAUGGUGUUUUGGAGUUUAAGAUCCACUUUACUGUCUGCUUACAUUAUUUAGAACAAAAACGUUUUAUUUAGAGAUAAUUUAGAGACUUUCCCAAAAAAUGCUCACAUAAACUACAAUGGGCGAAUACUAAACAGAAGUGAGCAUCCUUAUGCACUACUCCCUUCAAAGGGUAGAGCCCUGAAGUGUGUACUUUGUAGGGUGUAGGGCAUUACUGUCUCGUGUAAGUGUUUGGAGCUCUCUUGGCAAAGGAAUGACUAAGCAAAUGUUACCUUGACAAAUCGUGUGUGCAGCAUUCAUCAGCACUCCAUCAGUUGUUACAAAUAUUUCUUCUUAUUAUUAUUAUUUUAUUCAAAUAUUUAAAUAUAAAUUCCAUGUGUGGUUUAUACAAAUGUGUCAGUUACAUGCAUUUACAUGUCAAGUUUAAAACUAUACAUUUAUUUGCAUAUUGGCAAAUGGGUAAAUGUAGCUGUGAUGAGAUAUCUGGUCUUAACAAGUAACAAUGAAUUAACCUUUUUGUGGCAUUUUUAUUAUUCACUAUUUUUUUAACCUAAUGUGACCAUUUUAGUCUGGCCCUUUUAUUUUAGCUUGUUUACUUCACAAUACUAAAACACAAAAACUUAAAUAAAGUUUGUGUUUUCUUCAUCUGUUGUUGAUGUGUGGUUGUCCUAAAUCUGACUUAUUUUAAAAGAGAUGACAUAAACCUGAAAGGUAAUUUUUUUUAA